CCGCGGUCCCGGACCAUAAUCUUCAACAACGAGAGGAAAGAGCAGGGAGCAUGAAUGGAUGCAGUGUCAUCUGGUCAACUGCCAGCGCAAGUCCAACAUUUCAGUUUCACGUCCCAAUGUCCGUCUUCGCGAUUUCAGUCUCCCUUCUAAUCCUUCCUCCAUCCUCGUAUCCAACCGUUUCCCGCCCUCGAACUUUCUUUGGCGACUCUUCCGUCACACAUUUACGCAUCCAUUUUCCCUUCUGGUUACCAGUAUAUUGCGCUACUUUCAACUAAUUAAUCGGCCCGCCAACCGACCAGACAUUCACUACCACCAACCUAAUCUUCGCCAUUUGCCUUGCCUUUUUCUCCGCGUUCCUUCAGUCAUACUUUCACAUCGGACAGGCCGUAGACACCUUCGACGCCACGGAUACACAUCUUCGGAAUUGCUUAUCGGAUACUCAGAAUCUGGCCCGCAAUACAUUACGGGAUACUCCAGGCUGCAGAAGGCUACCCUUACUUGAGAAUUGUCUGACAUCCGAUUUCGGUUCUAUUUCCUUCAUUCGACUCGACAGCGCUACUCUGUCGCCUGCUUGUACAUAUCGGCGCAUGCCACAACGACGCUCAUCGCCAUAAACACUAACGGUCAAUGCAAUGGACGGGACAUACGGGAAUAUCUACCCGACAAACAACAACCCACUAAACCCCCGCGCUCCGGAUUCGAACAACAAAUACCAAAUCAACGUCAACCGCUCAAAGACGCGAAAAUGGGCCAACUUCAAGCCACAGAACUACGACGGCGAUGAUUGGGGAAGCGAGGAAUAUGACGAUGUUGACUCGGAACGUCCACCAGCCCCUCCGCAGCCCGCCAAGCAGUACCAGCCAUAUACACCAGCAUUGCAUCUACAAACUCAGCAAACGCCAGCUGCUCCCUCGGGCCGUAUCGCUCAGAUGGUAGCGGCCUCUUCCACGCCGACGACACCGAAUGCCCUGGAACGAACAGGCACCUUUGGACAGCCUCAACCCGAUGCGCCACGGACUAGUUCACCCGUUGUUGGAGGUAAACAGGUUCUUCCGUCUAUGAUGCGCGUAGCUACGAUGCCCCAGAAUGUUGGCCCGCCGGCCUCUACGCAAUUCCCCCCUCGCAAGAGCAGUAUGGGUCCUCGCGACAUCCCAAACAUGACUGACCCGACCCGCCAACCCAGGUCUACCACUUGGGCCGUCCCAACGCAAAGACCGUGGUCAGACGCUCGAUCAGCUUCCCCCAACUUCAGCUCUCCGGUAUCGUCCAACAAGCCGCUGCCCCUCCCCCGACCUACUGAUGUAUAUCGACGGAUGGGAGACGACAAUAGCGCGGAGCUGCAAUCUUCGAGACGAGGAAAACAGGGAGAGCCGGAUAACGUGGCUCCCACUGCGGGCGUAAACCCGGGACUCAGUCGUCAGGAGCGUCGAGGUAGUGCAGCGGGGAAUGAAGGUGGUGAUAAUUCGUGGGGUCGGAGGCCGAGUCUAGCUCCAGUGAUGGAGCAAAAUAGCGAGUACGGGGCCGAAGGACCGCUCACCGGACCUGCGUCGAGUGACUUUGUUGUCAAACCUGCUGCUUUUGGGGAAGAGGAGGACAAACUACGGCGGUUCUCAACAAGUCCCACACUGCCAAAUCUUACGCGCUUGUCAGGGUUCGGAGAAGAUCUGUUUUCUGCUCGGUUUUCAGUUUUGGCGCCUCAACUGGCUUCCAUCUCAGACAUAUCGAACCCUUCCAGUCCAGCAAAGACUCUUGAACCAGAUGGGAUCUCCGGAGAUGAACGUACCGACAAGGGUGGUAACUCAGAAAACGGUGUCGUUACACUAGCAAAUCCCAGUGUGGCGCCUAUCUCACUGCCAGUCGCCGAACCUAUGUCUGCCGCACAAGCGCCAUCACCUUCGAUGGGGGGUGCCGCGGUGUCUGACGCAAUACCGCAGUUGGCACAGAAAGCAAUUCGCUCUGGAUCACCGCCUAACGAGUCUAUUGGGCUGCGGUACAGCCACGACAAUGCUAAUCAAUCCCAUGCAGUUGUUAACGCUCCUCAACAACUGCCAUCUACAACGAAAAUUCCACAGGAAAAUAAUCUAUCUGAUAUGGACAAACAACCUGUCCGCCCGCGCCUGCCAGGUGGCUGGGUAACCGAAACAUUAUCCACGCCGAGCGAAACUCCCCCGCCGGCUCGUAACGAUACUUUUUCGAGCAUGACGAGCAACUUUCCCCAGCCUCCAAGUGCGUCACUCGUCGCCAGAUCCCAUGCUGAUGCUGAACGUGCGUCAACUGGCGAUCAAUCUCAACAGCACGACUCAAGCGGAACGAGUGAAGCAGUUAUCGAAUCCUUUCAUUCGACAUCUGACGGGGAAGCUGCUCAGACAACACCCACCUCAGUUAAAGACAUCCACGCAAGUCUUGCACCGACAAUGGAACCUUCAAAACACCGGGACAUCACUCCGACUGCACCGUUGAACUUUAAUCGUGGUUUGCUAGGGAUUAACUCUGCCGAGCCAUUGCACGUGCUACCUUCGCCAAAUAUGGGUGGUGGCUCGACCUUGACUACGCCCGGCGAUUCCCCAGUCAAGGAAAGUGAUCUGCUCAGGGAUGAGAUAACCAAGUUUUUAGGUGACCCUGAGAUAUCUGGCAGCUUUCUGGAUAUCAGCCGGUCAUCGACAACACCAAACCAUCCAGUUGCAGAUGCUACCCGAGAGAGCAGCUAUUUCGGAGAUGUCUACGAUGACUAUUUUGCUGCGAGCGAGGACAACCAAAGUCAAACCAAAUCGGGGGCUACCACGCAACCGUCUGCAACAGAAAAACCUACACGUUUGGCGGCUGGCACGUCAAAGGGUGGUGAUGUAGCGCCUCUCUCUGUUGCUACCUCUACAAGUUCUGGAUCUGGUGCCGCUGCUUCGGUCUUCAGGCAAGAUGCAACUAAGGAAUCGGUUGGGGCGAUUGAGUUGCGGCGUCGUUUUUCCUGGGAAAGACCCUCCGAGCAGGAUUCCUCAGACGCUCCUGAAGUGGAUACCACUUACCAGGUAGAGCAAAAAUCCCGGAGCUCUGGCCCUGAUGGCGUUUCCUUCACUCCGACGACGCCGGCUGCGGAAAAGAUUGGGGAGACAAUGGCACUCACGCGGUCGAAUACCAACGAAAUCCUUUCUAUUUCAACCGAAACUGCAAGUACGCCGGGGAUUUCUCAUGCCGUCACAGAAGUCAAUAUGCUUCCAUCACGGUCAAUGGUGGACCUGGCUUCUCCCAUGUCUGCUGGCUCAGAUGAGGAUUUAGAAUCCCGCCGUCGAGCCUUGUCCAUGGGUCAAGAUAAGAUUCUUGCUCAACCUUCAGAGCACCAUUCGGCCUUUGAGGACAAUGCUUCCAGCCGCUCCGGCUCAUUGGAGCCCAAAAGCCCGGUCAAUAUCUUAUCAUUUCGGCAAAUCAUGGAUAUGCCUUCAUCAUCGGAUCGACUCAAACACUAUAACGAAACCCGACUGCAGUUUGCCGUUAUUGAUACAGGAUUGGACGAGUGGCUCAUGGCUAUGAGAUCCAAAUACCCCGAACACUCGAACGCUACGUCCUCUUUCAAAGACUCAUUGGCAAUCCCUGUUACGUCAAUGGAUAUGCAGCAAAGCGGAGAGGCUGUGGCACUCAGUCCCGGUUAUUCUCAGCAAGGCGGACGUCCAGGAACUAAUAUGCCAAUGCCGCCAUCCUUGCCCUAUGGGCACUCGGGUUUUGCACAUUCAAGCCAGCAGGUUGGGACCAAAGGCAAAGAACUCCUUUUCGCAGCUGGUAAGGCUGGAAAGGGUCUGCUCAGCAAAGGAAAGAGCAAGUUGAGGGGAACUAGCGAUAAGGUAUUUUUCUAGGCGUCCGUCUUGUCAUCGUCGGCACGUGGUUCUGCUUCGAUUUAGUCUGGAUAUGGCUUUUAGCAUUACCGGGACUGUUCACCGAUUGAAUGAACUCUUUUGGGCAUGGCCUACUGGGUUGUGAAUUCUGACAGAGCUCGCAAUGUUGGUCGCAGACGUUCUAUACAUCUGACAGCAAUGUAAUAUCAUAUUGAGGCGGUUUGAUAUGUAACGUGGAGCUCCAUGGAGAUGUUGAGGCUCUUUAUUCACAACACGGUUUGCGUGUGAAAAGAGAACGUAUUGGGAGAAAGCAUUUGUGGGCCCGUUGAGAAAUUGAUGUCAAAGAGGGUCACAAAUUACAAAGGAUUAUAGUGGAAAAUCUUUGCUUUGGUGAGCCACUGCAUGCCUCGUAUUCCACGAUGUCACGGUCGAU